AUGAUGCGCAUUGCAGACAUCAACAACAAGUGGGCCAAAUACGCCAAGCCAGGCGGGUGGAACGACCCGGACAUGCUGCAGGUGGGGAAUGGACACUCUCUCACUUCUCCUAUUCUCAACCCCCAUCAUGACUCCCCCGUUUCCUCCCAACCCUCUCCCCCAUCAGACCCGGACAUGCUGCAGGUGGGGAAUGGCGGCAUGAGGCAGUCCGAGUAUCGUGUGCACUUCAGCCUCUGGGCCAUCAUGAAGGUGCGAUGGGGAGGGUGGGGCAUCAUGAAGGGCAUCAUGAAGGUGAGAUGGGGGGGGAAGGGCAUCAUGAAGGUGAGAUGGGGGGGGAAGGGCAUCAUGAAGGUGAGAUGGGGGGGGAAGGGCAUCAUGAAGGUGAGAUGGGGGGGGAAGGGCAUCAUGAAGGUGAGAUGGGGGGGGAAGGGCAUCAUGAAGGUGAGAUGGGGGGGGAAGGGCAUCAUGAAGGUGAGAUGGGGGGGGAAGGGCAUCAUGAAGGUGAGAUGGGGGGGGAAGGGCAUCAUGAAGGUGAGAUGGGGGGGGAAGGGCAUCAUGAAGGUGAGAUGGGGGGGGAAGGGCAUCAUGAAGGUCCUUGGAUCCAACUAG